UAUUCAACCAUUAGACCAUUCUGGUGUGGAGCCCAAAACUGGACCUUUGCUUUGCUGGCUUCAAGCUCUCCAUUUUCGCCUCUUUAUGGGUCUUGUCUGCUUACCAUCAUGUACAUAGCAAGAGAGAGUUUUUGCUAACUUUUCGUAUUAGUUUCUGCCAUUUUUAUUCACUUUCUUCUUUAAAAAUCUCUUCUUUAUUAUCUUCACUUAUGAAACCAACAAAGAAAUCACAACCCUCUUCGGUUUCUCUCUCUUGAGUUGAUUGAUCCAUAGAUCUAAUGCUUUGAUAAUUCCCACAUGAAAGUUUCUCUUUUUAGAUCAUUCUCUGCUUAUCAUCUGUGAUAAAUUAGUCAAUUUGACUGAGAGUUCUUGUUGUGUUGAGGGUGAAGGAGCAUAAAUUUACAACUGAGGUUUUUGGGGCAGUUUGUUUUGAAUGGUUAUUAGAUGUUGAGAAUUCAGAGGGUUGUCUGGAUGAGAUGAGGGAUGUUAGAGUGGUUGAUGAACUUUUUGAGGGCCUGUUUUCGGCCAAGGUCUGAUCAAUAUGUUCACACAAAUUCUGACUCUGCGGGUCGCCAAGAUGGACUGUUGUGGUACAAAGAUUCAGGACAUCACAUGAAUGGUGAAUUCUCAAUGGCUGUGGUGCAGGCCAACAAUUUACUUGAGGAUCAAAGUCAGUUGGAGUCUGGCAGUUUGAGUUCUCAUGAGUCUGGACCUCAUGGUACCUUUGUUGGUGUUUAUGAUGGGCAUGGAGGGCCUGAGACAUCAUGCUAUAUUACAGAUCACCUGUUUCAACAUCUCAAGAGGUUUACAUCAGAGCAGCAGUCAAUGUCAGUGGAUGUUAUACGAAAGGCAUAUCAAGCAACAGAAGAAGGUUUUAUAUCUUUGGUUUCUAGGCAGUGGCCUACGAGACCGCAAAUUGCAGCAGUUGGAUCAUGCUGCCUCGUUGGUGUUAUCUGUAAUGGAACUCUUUAUAUCGCAAAUGUUGGUGAUUCACGUGCUGUUUUGGGGAGAGUUAUGAAGGCAACAGGAGAGGUGCUGGCCAUGCAACUCUCAGCAGAGCACAAUGCAUGUAUAGAGUCUGUGAGACGGGAGUUACAGUCUUUACACCCUGAUGACAAUCAGAUUGUAGUUUUGAAGCAUAAUGUAUGGCGUGUAAAGGGCCUUAUACAGGUUUCUAGAUCUAUCGGUGAUGUAUAUUUGAAAAAGGCUGAGUUCAACAGAGAGCCUUUAAUUGCUAAGUUCCGCCUUCGUGAACCAAUGAGAAGGCCGAUAUUGAGUGCAGAACCAUCGAUUUCAGUGCACCCGCUGCAGCCCCACGAUCAGUUUGUAAUAUUUGCAUCUGAUGGGCUCUGGGAACACCUAACAAAUCAGGAAGCAGUUGAUAUAGUUCAAAAUCAUCCACACAAUGGAAGUGCAAGGAGGUUGGUGAAAGCUGCUCUGCAAGAAGCAGCAAAGAAAAGAGAAAUGAGGUAUUCAGACCUUACGAAGAUUGAUCGUGGCGUCCGCCGCCAUUUCCAUGACGAUAUCACUGUAAUAGUUGUGUUCCUUGACUUGAAUCAUGUGAGUAGGGCCAGCUCUGUCCGGUCCCCAAAUAUAUCAGUGAGAGGGGGUGGAAUCAACCUACGCUCUAACACCUUGGCUCCUUUCACGACGCCAACUGAAGCUGGUGGUACCCGAUGAAUAUGUAUCUCGUGUUUCUAUAUUUUAUCAUUCCCUUGUGUGAAUACCACGUAGUUUCUGGGAGAAAUGAGGAGCAAGCCUUCAAUUCUUUAAUGUACACUGUUACUUUUACCUGAGAACUAAUACUUGCAUUUAGCUUCUCUACCAAAAACUUAAAGAGAACUGGGAAAAGAGGAGUAUUAAUUGACAAUUAUUAUAGCUGUUUCAUUGUGACA